AUGGCUGGUGGAGGAUUUACAACAAGUUCAGAUGAUACAGUUUUUGAAGCUAAGAUCACGGGUGCUGUCAUUCUCUCUUGCAUAAUGGCCGCUACCGGUGGUCUUAUGUUUGGUUAUGAUAUUGGCAUUUCAGGUGGUGUGACAGCAAUGCCUAGCUUCUUGGCCAAGUUUUUUCCUGACAUAUACAGAAGAGUACAACAACCUGCUUCUGAAAGCAAUUACUGCAAAUAUGAUAAUCAGAAGCUUCAAUUGUUCACGUCGUCGCUUUACCUUGCAGCUUUGGUAGCUUCCAUGGUUGCAUCUCCUGUAACAAGACAGCUAGGAAGGAAACAAACUAUGUUGCUAGCUGGAGUUGUUUUCAUUGUUGGCACUACCAUGAGUGCCUUAGCAGGAAACCUUAUUCUCCUAAUUUUGGGAAGAAUCUUACUUGGUUGCGGCGUUGGUUUCGCCAAUCAGGCAGUGCCAGUGUUUCUAUCUGAGAUAGCACCAACGAGAAUUCGCGGUGCGCUUAACAUUAUGUUUCAGCUGAACAUCACCAUUGGAAUUUUCAUAGCAAACCUUGUGAACUGGAAAACAGCACAAAUAGCAGGUGGAUAUGGAUGGAGAAUAUCAUUGGCUGGAGCUGGUAUUCCUGCACUUCUGCUAACAAUAGGUUCACUCAUAGUGGAUGAUACUCCUAACAGUCUAAUUGAAAGGGGUUUUGAAGAAGAAGGGAAGGUUGUGCUAAGAAAAAUUCGUGGUGUCGAAAACAUUGGACCAGAGUUUGAAGAUAUUCUUAGAGCCUCUAAAGUGGCUAAAGAGGUCAAGAGUCCCUUCAAGGACCUUGUGAAGUCCCACAAUCGUCCUCCAUUGGUCAUUGCCAUUUUUAUGCAGGUGUUCCAACAAUUCACGGGUAUCAACGCGAUCAUGUUUUAUGCACCAGUAUUGUUCAGCACCUUAGGAUUUCACAGUGAUGCAUCUCUAUACUCAUCUGUGAUCACAGGAGGCGUAAACGUCCUCUCAACCUUAGUGUCAGUCUAUUUCGUCGACAAAGUCGGGAGAAGAGUGCUUCUAUUAGAAGCAUGUGUACAAAUGUUCAUCUCACAAAUGAUAAUCGCAGUAGUCCUCGGGAUAAAACUCACAGACCACUCAGAUAAUUUAGACAAAGGUUUUGCAAUGUUGGUUGUGGUCAUGGUAUGCACAUUCGUCGCAUCUUUCGCAUGGUCGUGGGGUCCACUCGGAUGGUUGGUUCCCAGUGAGACAUUUCCUCUAGAGACAAGAUCAGCUGGACAAAGUGUGACAGUGUUCACAAACAUGUUGUUUACCUUUAUUGUUGCACAAGGUUUCUUGUCCAUGUUGUGUUACCUUAAAUACGGGAUCUUCUUGUUUUUCUCUGCUUGGAUUCUUAUUAUGGGCUGCUUCACUGUGUUCUUGAUUCCGGAGACAAAGAAUGUGCCCAUUGAAGACAUGGCUGAUAAAGUCUGGAGACAACAUUGGUUCUGGAAUAAAUAUAUGUGA